AUGACGCAUUUGAAAGAUUUUGAGGACAUCGAUUAUGAUGAAACAGAUUAUGAUUACAAAGUAAGCAACUGCACGUUAGCGGCGAUAAAAAAAUUUCCAGAUCUAUUAACUGCAUUGGCAAUCAUAUGUGAUCAAUUUUUGGUAACAACUGUGGAAAAUUUAUGUUACAAACUUAAAGUGCCCUAUUAUAUAGCGGGCGAAACAUUUUUGGCGGCAACAACAUCAGCACCAGAAUUGUUUGUAAAUAUGAUUGCAACAUUCGUGACGGAAGGUGAUAUUGGUAUUGGCACAAUUGUAGGAUCAUCUGUAUUCAAUACUCUAGCUAUGCCGGCCAUAUUAGGAUUAUUUUCCGGUGUGACAGCAUAUUUAUAUUGGUGGCCCAUAACCAGAGAUAUAGUUUGGUAUAUUAUUUCGAUAGUUGCAUUAACCUGUAUAAUUUGGGACAGUAUUGUGACUUGGAAGGAGGCAUUGUUUAUGGUUUGCUUAUUUUCAUUAUACUUGACGACACUAAUUUUCGACUUAAGGGUGCAAAAUUUAGUGAUAAAUCCCAAGUUACAUUCGUAUUUGUCCUUCAAGAACACACGUAUUACAGAGAAUUGUCAUUGUCCAAAUGAGUAUUUUAUAAAUAAUGAUGAUAGUAUGUACAAUAUAUGCCGUUAUCCUCAUGGAGAAAGCUUAAGUAACAAAUGUAUUUGGUGUAUAAUAUGGCCUGUAUAUUUCGCAUAUUAUUUGACAAUACCGAUUUGUCGAAGAGAUUGUCAUUAUAUUGUUUGUAUCUGUAGUUUAAUAAUGUGCAUCAUAUGGAUAAGUAUCGAAACAUAUAUGGUGUCAUGGAUGCUAACCGUUUUGGGAUACCAUUUUUUUGUUCCUGACACCAUAAUGGGUAUAACUUUCUUAGCACUUGGUGCUAGCAUACCUGAAGCUAUAUCUGGUAUAAUCGUUACAACUAAGGGUUAUGGUUCAAUGUCUAUUUGUAAUGCAUUGAGUUCUAAUACAUAUGAUAUACUUUUUUGUCUUGGCGUGCCGUGGUUGAUCAAAGGUUACUUUUUUCCAAAAUAUCCGGGCAAAUAUUUCGUUCAAAUUAAUUCACAUACAAUAGCUAUAGACUCUGCUACUUUGUUGUUGUCUAUAAUUGUGUUAUAUUUAAUUUUUCUUUUAACAAAUUUUGUAUUAAAUACAAGACUAGGAUUUAUAUGUGGUACAUUGUAUAUAAUUUAUUUGUUAUAUGCAUGCAUUGUUGAAGUUAAUAUAUUUAGUACUAUACAUUUACCAAUUAGUAUUUUGUAA